AGGAGUUGAAGGAUGUGGCUUGUUCUGUUUGGAUGAUGCAGGAUUGCUUUAAGCAGUAAGCUUACUGUUUUCAGAUGGCAUUAGCAGCAUCAGUGAUAUAGCUGUGUCAGCCUCCUUGACUACUGGAUGUCUGUAAUCGCGCAGAGGAAACUAUAUUUAAGAUCUGAUAUCUUGAGGGUAAUGACUCCAGGACUUACUGACGGACAGAAUGGCUGUUAAUGCUUUCUUCACUAGCCCAGAAGAUUUUGAAAGAUAGAUGGGUCUGUGAUGUACUUUUGUAAGACAGGAAAUGCAAUUUUUGGGGGUCUCUGGAAAUAGAAAGGUCAUGCAGCUCGGAACCAGUGAGACAUUACAGUCUCUAAGUCAUCAGAUGGGGAAGCUGAGGCACAGAGAUUAAGUGACUUUCCCAAGGCCACACAGCAAGUCAGUGGCAGAUCCAGGAUUAGCGCUCGGGGACUUCCUGGAUCCCUCUCCCAUGCUUUAAGCAGUAGACCACAGUGUUCACUGGACUCAGCAAGCAACUCAUUGCAAUAAUGGACAGUUCCAAGGACUCAUACCUGAGAAAUGAUGAAGAGGCUGUUGUGGAUAGAGGUGGAACUCGCUCCAUUCUCAAAACACAUUUUGAAAAGGAAGAUCUGGAAGGCCAUCGAACAUUGUUCAUUGGAGUUCACGUGCCACUGGGUGGAAGAAAAAGUCACCGACGCCAUAGGCACCGUGGACAUAAACACAGAAAGAGAGACAGAGAGCGAGAUUCAGGAUUAGAAGAUGGGAGAGAGUCUCCUCCUUUUGAUACCCCAUCACAAAGGGUGCAGUUUAUUCUUGGAACAGAAGAUGAUGAUGAGGAACACAUUCCUCAUGAUCUCUUUACUGAGCUUGAUGAAAUUUGUUGGCGUGAAGGGGAGGACGCAGAGUGGAGGGAGACAGCAAGGUGGUUGAAGUUUGAGGAAGAUGUAGAGGAUGGUGGAGAGAGGUGGAGCAAACCGUAUGUUGCCACACUGUCACUUCAUAGCUUGUUUGAGCUGAGAAGCUGUAUCCUGAAUGGCACAGUUCUUUUGGACAUGAGAGCUAACUCCAUAGAAGAAAUUGCAGAUAUGAUUCUGGACCAGCAGGUGGGUUCUGGGCAGCUCAGUGAGGAUGUUCGUCACAGAGUGCAUGAGGCAUUGCUGAAGCAGCAUCACCAUCAGAACCAGAAGAAGCUGAGCAACAGGAUCCCAAUUGUGAGAUCCUUUGCUGAUAUUGGAAAGAAGCAGUCUGAGCCCCAUUCCAUGGAUAAAAAUGCAGGUCAGAUUGUUUCCCCACAGUCUGCUCCAGCCUGUAUUGAAAACAAAAAUGAUGUGAGCAGAGAAAACAGCACUGUUGACUUUAGCAAGGUUGACCUACACUUCAUGAAAAAGAUACCACCUGGAGCUGAAGCAUCAAACAUCUUAGUUGGUGAACUAGAGUUCCUGGACCGUGCAGUUGUUGCUUUUGUUAGGUUAUCUCCUGCAGUGCUGCUUACAGGACUAGCUGAAGUUCCGAUUCCAACAAGAUUUUUGUUUAUUCUUCUUGGACCACUGGGUAAAGGGCAACAAUACCAUGAGAUUGGAAGGUCAAUUGCAACACUAAUGACAGAUGAGGUGUUCCAUGAUGUUGCUUACAAAGCAAAGGACCGCAAUGACUUGGUGUCUGGAAUUGAUGAGUUUCUUGAUCAGGUUACUGUUCUCCCUCCUGGAGAGUGGGACCCAACGAUUCGAAUAGAACCACCUAAAAAUGUUCCCUCUCAGGAGAAGCGUAAGAUCCCGGGAGUGCCAAAUGGAACUGCAGCCCAUGGGGAUGCAGAACAACCUGGAGGACACUCUGGACCAGAACUGCAACGCACUGGAAAAUUUUUUGGAGGUUUGAUUUUAGAUAUAAAAAGAAAAGCUCCCUUCUUCUGGAGUGACUUCAGGGAUGCUCUCAGUCUGCAGUGUCUGGCAUCAUUUUUGUUUCUCUACUGUGCUUGCAUGUCUCCUGUCAUCACAUUUGGUGGUCUGCUUGGAGAAGCAACUGAAGGUCGUAUAAGUGCAAUAGAAUCGCUGUUUGGAGCAUCCAUGACUGGAAUUGCCUACUCUCUCUUUGGUGGACAGCCUCUCACUAUACUUGGCAGCACAGGACCAGUUUUAGUAUUUGAGAAGAUCUUAUUCAAAUUUUGCAAAGAGUAUGGGUUGUCGUACCUUUCUCUGAGAGCUAGCAUUGGACUGUGGACUGCAAUCCUGUGCAUCAUCCUUGUUGCAACCGAUGCAAGCUCCCUAGUCUGCUACAUUACCCGGUUUACUGAAGAAGCUUUCGCUUCUCUUAUCUGCAUCAUUUUCAUUUAUGAGGCCUUAGAGAAGCUCUUUCAUCUCAGUGAGACAUAUCCAAUCAACAUGCAUAAUGAUUUGGAUCUGCUGACUAAGUACUCAUGCAAUUGUGUGGAACCAGAACAUCCUAGCAAUAAAACCUUACAAUACUGGCAGGACUACAAUAUAUCUGCAUCUGAUGUGCCAUGGGGGAACCUAACUGUGUCAGAAUGUAAAAAGUUUCACGGAGAGUUUGUUGGACGAGCCUGUGGUCAUCAUGGCCCUUAUGUUCCAGAUGUCCUCUUUUGGUCUGUCAUCUUAUUCUUUUCUACGGUAACACUGUCAUCCACACUGAAGCAGUUCAAAACUAGCCGAUACUUCCCAACAAAGGUACGAUCUGUUGUCAGCGAUUUUGCUGUCUUUCUCACUAUUUUGUCCAUGGUUUUAAUUGACUAUGCCAUUGGGAUUCCAUCACCAAAACUUCAGGUUCCAAAUGCUUUUAAGCCCACCAGGGAUGAUCGUGGCUGGUUUAUUACUCCUUUGGGGCCAAAUCCUUGGUGGACAGUGAUAGCUGCUGUAAUUCCGGCCCUGCUUUGCACUAUCCUUAUCUUUAUGGACCAGCAGAUCACAGCUGUCAUUAUCAAUAGAAAAGAACACAAACUAAAGAAAGGAUGUGGAUACCAUCUCGACCUACUCAUGGUGGCAGUCAUGCUUGGAGUGUGCUCUAUUAUGGGAUUGCCAUGGUUUGUUGCAGCCACUGUCCUCUCUAUUUCCCAUGUGAAUAGCUUAAAACUGGAAUCAGAGUGCUCCGCUCCAGGGGAGCAGCCAAAGUUUCUUGGAAUCCGGGAGCAAAGAGUCACAGGGCUCAUGAUUUUUAUCCUUAUGGGCUCAUCUGUCUUUUUGACAAGUAUCCUGAAGUUUAUUCCUAUGCCAGUACUUUAUGGAGUAUUUCUUUACAUGGGUGCUUCAUCUCUAAAGGGAAUUCAGCUUUUUGACAGGAUAAAGUUAUUCUGGAUGCCUGCAAAGCAUCAGCCAGAUUUUAUUUAUCUGAGGCAUGUUCCUCUUAGAAAGGUCCAUCUCUUCACUGUAAUUCAGCUGAGUUGUCUUGUGCUUCUGUGGAUUAUAAAGGUUUCAAGAGCUGCCAUUGUCUUUCCUAUGAUGGUCCUAGCUUUGGUAUUUGUCCGAAAACUCAUGGAUUUUUUUUUUACUAAGCGGGAGCUCAGUUGGUUAGAUGAUUUGAUGCCUGAGAGCAAGAAAAAGAAACUGGAAGAUGCUGAGAAAGAGGAAGAGCAAAGUAUGUUAGCAAUGGAAGAGGAAGGGACUGUUCAGUUACCACUAGAAGGACAUUACAGAGAUGACCCAUCUGUGAUAAACAUUUCUGAUGAAAUGGCAAAAACUGCUGUGUGGAAGACAUUGUUGAUAUCCUCAGAGAAUGCAAAAGAUAAGGAGUCAAGCUUUCCUUCUAAAAGCUCCCCCUUCCUAAUCACUCUAGAAGCUGAUUGCCCAAAGUUAAGGAAUUAUUCCCAUGAAACCUGUGCUGAAAUCAGAAAAGAGAAGAAAGCUGACUCAGGGAAAGGUGUUGACCGGGAGACUUGUCUAUGACUUGUUCUUCAAUUAAUUUUUUUACAAACAAAUGAAAGGAGUGCCACAAUGACUAAAUAUAAAUGAUUUGACCUUGUAACUUUUUGUCUUUCAUCUCAAACUAGCACAGGUAAUGUAGUGCAAUAUUUGUCUCAUUUCACCUUGUCUACAUUGUCUAGUAUCUGUGUAAAAGUCUGCAGUAGCCAAUGCAAAAAAUCUUCAUGGUCUUUGCUGAUAUUGGCCAUUUAUUAGUAUUUGUAUCAUAAAUUCAGCAAGCAAAGUUUCUUUCAAAUUCAAAUUUCCUGUUAAUAGGUUUGUACUGUAUUUUGCUACUUUUUCUGUGUGAGAAUACUUCAUAAUCUUCAUUCAAGAUGAACUUGAAACCACUUGUUCCAAUUUCUUUCUUUUUUUUUUUUUUUUUUUUAAAUCACCAAACUUGAGUAAAUGAUUUCAGGAGACCCAAACUGACAAGAAAACAUUAAAGAAGUUUUUAAAGCAACAACUGAUCUGACCCUGUGAACAAACUAACAAGGAUAAUCCUUUCUUCCUCAAGCUGUCCUUUUGCAGUUAUGGAUUGCUCUUGCAGUGAGGAUUGCAGGGUCAGAUUCUGUAUUUGUGAAGUUUUCCUUGAUUUAAUACAGUGGAUUUAAUAUUCAAAUUUGUAUGUAACUGGAACAUAGUCAUAUAUAUAUAUAUACAUAUAUAUUAAAAAUAUAUAUUAAAACAUUCUCUUACCUUAGUUGAAAAACACUACCACAUCCUUUGAUGUGAAACAUGGGUACAGUAUUUCUUAAAAUGCAAUCUGUGAUUACAGUAUUUUAUCUUGUAUUGUAUGAAUGUUGCCAUGGUAGGCCAAACAACCGCAUUAUGUCAUUAAUCAAUCCAUUAUUUUAUAAUAGGGAAAAUUUUGUAGAUACAAACUACCCCACAUGCAGUUAUAUCACCUGCCCAAUGAUUUUCCUCUUUAUUAGCUAAAAUACAGCCACAUAAAGGGCGUAUUUAUAUUGUCGUCUCUCUAAUAACAACUAUCAACCUCUUAAUUUCAGAGAUUAAUUGUGUAUAAUACUUAAAUGGGUAUCUUGCUGUUGGUUUAGUUACAGCUCUUCAUUAUUCCAUCAUAUACAUAUUGACUGAAAGAUAAAAACAACAUUGCAAAGUAGAAUAGGGCUUUAAAGCCAUUAGAGAGACAUUUUUCAUAAUGGAUUUUGUUACUGCCUGAUCCUUCAAGCUGUUCUUUUGUGUAAAACCAGGACUGUGAGAUCAGGUAUUGAAUUAAUAGACAUGUGGAGCAAAAGUUUUAUUGCGUUAUUUGGAAUUCACUGAUUUUUAAAUUUUUUUAAAAUAAAUUUUUAAAUUAUUAAAUGAAAGCUAACUCUCAAUUAUUAUGCUAUUACUUUGAAUCCUACAACUAAGAAUUACAGUCUUGUAAUCUUUAUAACAACUCAUCCACAGAGCUCUAACAUUCCCCAGCUUUCCAAAAUACAAUCAUCCUUCUGUAGACCUCAUGUGAACAACUUUUCACAUCCAGCACAUUUAAAGUAUUCCUGCUAAUGUUUUUGUGUGUAUGAGUGUGUUUUACUACUUUAGCCAUAAAUAACUGCAUUUUGCUGCAAACUAAUAGGGUCACUGUUCUAAAUUUGACUUAGCAUUAUCAAAGCCCGUUAAAGGCCAUUUUUAUGGAGAAAAAAAAAAAAAAAUCUAAUGGACACGAAGAAGGAUUUACAUUGAAUUAAAUGUUUGUAUUUGUAAAUUUAGGAAAAAAUGCUGAUGCAUUAAGGUUAAAUGCUUUGUUUUGUGUACUUGAUGAUAAAUUGUAAGAUUCCAAUUGUUUUAAGGUUAGUAUAGCAGUUCAAUACUGGUUUGUCCCGGAAGCUGCCUGGUGGUGUUUUAAUAUGUUGCUUUGUUACAGAUAAUGUAUACAAUUGAAACAUAUUAGUUUCACUUGACCAACUCUUAGAAUAUUAAGAAAUCAGUGUAUUCAAUGGCAUUCUGUAUUUCUGUUCAGUAUUUCAGAGUGGUUUUAUUUCAAAACAGUCACUCUGUUCUUGUGUGAAUUUAAAUGCUAUUACAAUGUUAAUCUUAACAUUCUGAAAUCACACACAAUAUAAAGGAAAUGUAGUGCUAUAUUUACUUCUAAUUUCAUAUUCCUGGUCAAAAUUACUCAAUUUCUUGGAUGUAAUUUAUUACAAAACUUUAUGUGUACAUGUGAAUAGACUAUUGUGUUUUUCACAAUUAAGAAAUGUUAUGUGAAAAUAAAUAUUUAUCCUAACUAA